GAUCGAAAUUCGGUUUAAACCUAUCAUUAUUAUCAGUAAGGUUGCCUGUUACUGCAUUCGCCAUAGUAAUAAAAAAUGUAAUUUUAUUGUUGAAUGGAGUAAAUUAUUAAAGAAAUAAGUACUGUGGACUGUAAAAGACUACAAUGUGACAGAGGGGAAAAGCUACUCUUUGCCUGUUUGAUCUUCUUCGUAUCUACAUACGUUUUCUCUUUAAUUACAAUGGAAUCAGAGCUUAUUGCCACAUUAAACAACAUUGCAAGUAAAUCAGGUGUAAAAGGUGUCUUGUUAACUGAUGAUAAAGGCUUCUGUUUAGGAGCUCGAGGCAUUGCUAAACCUGAUUCAGCAGCAUUGAUAUCAUCAAUAGCACAUACGGCCAUUAAGCUCAACCAUACCCAAGAACAAGAUUCUACCACUACGACUAAAUAUCCUACUAUUAACCUAGAAUACGAUAACUACCAAAUUGUAAUACGUAAUGAAGGAAGUUUUACUUUGGCCAUUUUCAGGUAGAAGUAGAAAUAAGGACUCUACUUUAGCAGAAUAUUUAUACUA